AUGGCGAACAACGGCAAUUACAGGGGAGUCCUAGUGGAUUCGGAGCAAUAUCGCAUCAUUGCGAACACAAUACAGCAUAAGCAUGUUAUUCAUUACAAUCCACCCAAGAACACGUCAGAAAUGCAGAACUAUCUCGAUAAGUUUUGGUUCCGAUUGGGAUAUGAACGCGCGACUACCAUAGUUGUAGCUUCCAAACCUAAUAACAUCCUAAACGAGCUAAUCAUUAGCGGCUUAAUAUAUGAUUUACGUGGCAUGAAGCUGCCCUCCUCAGAUGGUGCAUUGUACGAUAUGAUGCAUGAGAUUCUCACUGGUAAAAGUACCAUGAUCUCCAACUGCAACAAGAUAAGAGAUGUGCUAGCGAAACACGAAUUCUUGCGUUGGUGUGGAGCUGAAUUAGAAUCGGUAUUCAAUGAGCAUGUGUAUGCCAAUAUCUCAGAGGUAUGUGGUAAUUGUAUAAUUGGACAUUAUUUUUCGAAUAUUAAUGGCGUUGAAGGUGCAUUACCACAGGUAAUGAAUGAAUCAUAUUUCCGGACCGAAUUUCGUGACUUAAUUUCGUUUUCAACAGAGGACGGUCAGAAGAAACUGGGUGCCAUUAUGUAUGCCAUUCCAAGGUUUGGAUAUGACAUCAUUUAUGUCGGCGGCUCACCAGGUAAAGCAUGGACAAGGGUUCUUGAGAGACGCGGAUUUAAAGGAAAAGUAAUGGUAUUCGACCCAGAACCAUUGGUACUAUCAAAUUCAUGUGAUCUGCAAAUUAUGCACAUCGAUGCCGAAGUUCAUUCGAUAGAGGACAUAACAAGUCACCCAAUCUUUAGGAUCUACGCGAGCGUAGGUGCCAAGUACAUCUUUAUAUGGGAUGUGCGCCACAGUCAGGCGCGCAGAAUGGGAUCAGUAUCUAGGAAUGAGUGUAUAAGACGAGAAAUAUCAGAGUUGAACCAAAUAUGCGGAUCCGCAUGGUUCAGAGACAAUGUAGCUAUAUACCAGCUGAAAGUCAAUACAAUACUGAAGUGCCGUAGGCACAGUACUUCCCCCUAA